AACUGGGUGCAGACAGAAGAGCCCGAGACGGAGGGAACCUAAACUCUCUUCCCUCCUAGCCGCCCUCCACCCGCUCCCACCAUGAAGAAGGAAAUAUUAACCCUGGGCUUCGCUCGAUCCCUCUUUGCUGAAUUCAUCGCCACGCUCAUCUUUGUCUUCAUCGGGCUUGGCUCAGCACUGAAGUGGCCGUCUGCCCUCCCCAGCAUCCUUCAGAUCGCGCUGGCGUUUGGCCUGGCCAUUGGCACCAUGGUGCAGGCGUUUGGGCACAUCAGCGGUGGCCACAUGAACCCGGCCGUGACCAUCGCCUUCUUUGUUGGGAACCAGAUCUCCUUCCUCCGGAUGCUCUUCUACGUGAUUGCCCAACUGGCUGGGGCUAUUGCCGGGGCUGGCAUCCUCUACGGCGUGACACCGGCCAAUACCCGUGGCAACCUGGCCAUCAAUGCGCUCAACAACAACACGAGUGCAGGCCAGGCCCUCGUGGUGGAGAUCAUCCUCACCUUCCAGCUGGCUGCGUGCAUCUUCGCGUCCACGGACAGCCGGAGGAACGGCAACGUGGGGUCCCCAGCGCUGUCCAUCGGCCUCUCUGUUGCUGUAGGCCACUUGGUGGGGAUCUACUUCACCGGCUGCUCUAUGAAUCCAGCCCGGUCCUUCGGGCCCGCGGUCAUCGUGAGGAGGUUCAGCCCAGCACAUUGGGUCUUCUGGGUUGGACCCAUCCUCGGGGCUUCCUUGGCCGCUGUGCUCUACUUCUACAUCCUUGUCCCGUACUGCAUGAACAUAUCGGAUCGGGUCGCCAUCGUCAAGGGCACCUACGAGUCAGAGGAGGAAUGGGAAGAGCAGAGAGAGGAGAGGAAGAAGUCCAUGGAGCUGACCCCGCCAUAG